AUGCUGCGUGGAGGAGGACUGGUGCGGACAGGCGUGGUGGCUGGCGUCCGGCUCGGCGCCAAGUACACCAACUGGGUGUUCAACAUUGUGCCGCAUCGUGAGGCGUGGGUGGUGGAGCGGUUCGGACGGUUCCACGAGGUGCUCGAGCCGGGCCUCCGCAUCCUUGUUCCCCUCCUCCAUCGCAUCAAGUACAAGCACUCGCUGAAGCAGGUCGCUGUGGCUGUCCGCGACCAGCGGGCCAUUACUCAGGACAACGUUCUGCUUGCUGUUGACGGCGUUCUCUACUACCAGGUUGUCGACCCGGUCCUGGCUUCGUACGGCAUCGAGGACGUCCACUACGCCAUCACCCAGCUCGCAGAGUCGACCAUGCGCUCGGAGCUCGGCAAGAUGAGCCUCGACAGGACGUUUGAGGAGCGAACGCUGCUCAACGAGUCGAUUGUCUCCAACAUCAAUGCUGCCGCCAAGGAGUGGGGUGUGGUGUGCAAGCGGUAUGAGAUCCGCGACAUCACCCCGCCGCACUCGGUCGUCCAGGCCAUGGAGCUGCAGGUCGCCGCCGAGCGCCGCAAGCGGGCCACCGUUCUCGACUCGGAGGGUGUCCAACAGUCCCGAAUCAACGUGGCUCAGGGCCAGCGGACCGCUAUGAUCCUCGAGUCCGAAGGCCACAAGUCCGAGCUCAUCAACUCGGCCAAGGGUAAGGCCGAGGCCAUCAUCGCCAACGCCGAGGCCUCGGCAGCCUCCAUCCUCAUGCUUGCCAAGGCUGUCGCCUCGCAGGGCGGGAAGGACGCUGUCGGCCUCAAGCUGGCUGAGGAGUACGUCGAGGCCUUUGGCAAGCUCGCGGCGUCGUCCAACACCAUGCUCCUGCCGACUGACGCCAACGAUGUCUCGGCCAUGGUCGCCAAGGCCCUCACCAUGUACGGCUCCAUUUCCAAGAGCCACAACGGCGCCGACGGUGCUGUCGAUCCGACUGCCGCCUCGCCGGACGCCGUCCUUGACGAGCUCGCCGGCCGCACCGGCUCGGUCCUCGCCGCUCACCACUCGGCGUCGGAAGAUGGCGACCUCGGCGACUCCAUCGGCCUCGCCGCCUCCAUCCCAUCGCUUGACGAGCUCACCUCGGCCGCCGACGUUGACCCGCUGCUGGCCGACGGCGACCAUGUCGGCGAGUUUUACGACAACCCGCAGUCGCACGGCGAGCAACAGGGCUGGGGCGAUCCCGACUCGGUCUCGGGCGACUCGCGCCGUCAGACCUGA